AUGAGAUGUAGUGUGUUGACGGAGAGGGAAGAUUUGCUUGUUGGGCGACAAAACUACUUAUAUGAUGUUCGCAAAUUUCGUGAAGAAGGUCGUACCGUCUAUUACCUGGAUGAAAUCUGUUUAAAUACAGGCGAUCAUGUUGAUAGGUUGUGGGUUGACAAAUCAAUAAAAUCAAAAUACGAUGCAUUUACCAGAGGUUUGACAAUUGGUGCGACCAACUCUACUAGGAAAGGUCAGCGUUUAAUUGUGUUGCAUAUUGGGUCACACGGAGGAUUUUUAGAAGGUGGACUGUUAUGUUUUUUGUCAAAGAAAAAUAGUAGCGAUUACCAUCACGAGAUGAAUGGCGACAAAUUUCGUGAAUGGUUCGAGUCAAUAACUCCACAUCUCGAACAAAAUUCAGCAAUUGUGAUGGACAAUGCCCCGUAUCACUCGGUAAGGCAGAAAAAAUAUCAACGGCUACCUCAAAAAAGAACGACAUUUUGUCAUGGCUAG